UAAUUCACUUUCAAAGAGUGCCUAAAUGCUCGUUCUCGCGAUCGAGACCCAUCGCUAGCGCGAUUGACACCAACGUCACUGUAUUGGUAGCGUAACGAAAUUUUUAGUGACGUCAUACCACAUUACAGUGACGUAUGUACAAUGAGCGGUAACCCACAGCACCGGCUAGAGAGAGUAGUGCAGGGAACCGCAUCGGCUGCGGAUCCACAUUCGCUCGCCUAGUUUUUCUCAGCGAACUAGCCAAGCUUGCUGGCAUUUUGCAAAGUGUUUCGCGUCGUCACGCGAACCUGCGACGGCGACAUUCAGCGUGUGAGCUUGCUCGAGCGUUGGAGGCAUCCGGACGGUUGCUCGCGCAGUGACCAUGCCUGUGUACUAUUGUGCGUUGGACUUCUGCCCCAGCAAAUUCGGAGACCCUGUGAGUUUCCAUAAGUUCCCCCGAGAUGAUGCACAAAGAAACGCCUGGAUAGACUUUGUUCGCGCUACCGGGCGGCACUUUUGGACGCCGGGGAAGUCGAGCGUGCUUUGUUCGCUCCACUUCUGCUCGGACGCGUACGAGUCAAAGUAUGCGGUCAGCUUCGGCAUUCCGAAGAAGCGUUGGUUGGUAUCCGGUGCCGUGCCGAUGGUGUAUCCCGCUGCUGCACGAAGUCUCCUACCGUCUGAAAGCGGAGCAACUUCGCCGAAGCGUCAGUGCGUAGCUGAAGUUGAGAGCGACGGUGUUGAUCUCUUCGAGGAGACGACCAUGGAAGAGAGAUCUUCGAGCACAGCACUUGGUCAUCACUCCAACACGUUAUCACCACCAUGUGGAGCCACAGCAGGGAUUGGGUGCAAUACAUGCGACUCCCAGACUCAGUGCUCUGUGCAAGUGUCACUGAAGGCGACACAAGCAACAAUACGUCCAAAAAUGAGAAGCAUUGGUGUGCAAACCGAAGGUGCCAACCGGACUGUGGAAUGUCAGACCGAGUGCGAUUUUAUGGACAUUGUGCUCCCCGAGGACAAACAGCCAAGGUGCUCAACGCCUAAGCCAGCAGAAUUGUCACUGACUUUUCAGGAUGACCCAAUGGACACUACGUAUGAGCCAUCUUUGGAGGACUCAGGACCUGCUCUCGCCGAACCAUGUCCUCGCAAAAUUAUUGUGUUCGAGGAAAACCUUCUGCAACUUGUCAAGUCUUGCAGGAAAUGCCACCUCCCUGCAAAGUCAUCACUAGAGGUUUUUGGCUCUCUUGCUGUGGUGACAUCAACAUGCCAAGAUGGCCAUGUUUUGAGCUGGCACAGCCAGCCAAAGAUGAAACGCUUUGCCAUGGGCAAUGUUGCUUUGGCUGCUGCAAUUUUAUUUACUGGCUCAAGUCCAACGCAAGUCCUGCGGCUUUUCCAAAGUGCUGGCAUCGCAUGCUUCAGUAAGCGUACUUAUGACCGCCUACAGAGGGACAUUAUGAUUCCUGCUGUGCACCAGCUGUGGGAACGUGAACAACAGUCUCUGUUAAGCUGUCUAAGCAGGACGGGUGCCCAACUCGCAGGUGACAGCCGUGCAGAUUCACCAGGCUACAGUGCAAAGUAUGGAACGUACUCGUUGCUGGACACUUCACUGAACCGUAUAAUUGACAUGCAGCUUGUGCAGUCAAACGAAGUUACCAGCAGUGGUGCAAUGGAAUUAGAAGGACUGAAGAGGGCACUAAAGGGCCUUGAGGACCAGAAAGUUUGCGUGCGUGAGCUUGUGACGGAUAGGCACACCCAGGUGCGCAAACACAUGAGACAAAAUCGGCCUGAUAUUGCCCACCUCAUUGAUGCUUGGCAUGUUGCCAAAGGGCUGAAAAAGAAGCUGCAGGCUGUCUCCCGGUCACGGGGCUGCGGUGUGAUUGAGAAGUGGGAGACCUCCAUCAUUAACCACUUCUACUUUUCGGUGAGGAUAGCUGCAGCAAGAGUGAUGACCGCUGAAAGAAGAGGCGAGCUCGCGGUAGCCAUCUGGCUGUCGCUCCUCAACCACAUUCAGAACAAGCACUGUGGCCACAGCAAGGAAUAUGCCAACUGCGAGCAUGGAGACCUCUUGCCUAGAAAGUGGAUUUUUCCAGGUUAUGUUGGGCUUCUUCUUGAAAUCGUGAACGAGGUUGUGGACAGUGGCAGUUUCGGUGAUUCGCACGUCACAACUUUGCCUACGCCACCGCCACUUACAAGCUCUUUUGGACCAGUGGACAAGGCUGCGCUAGUGCGGGGUCACCUUUCAAGGUUUGCGUCCAGUGAAGACCGACCUAGGCACACAGAAGACUCGAGUGACGACAGUGCGUGAUUAGGUCACACACAUGUGCAUCUUUUGUGGAUCAGGCGAUCAUUGUCAGCAACUUCCCACAAGUUGUCUACGUAGGGUUAAAUGUCUCAGCGUGACUCUUGGGCUUGAGUUCAAGAGGUCUUGGAUUAAUUUCAGCCACUGCAUGGGAGAGGGAUUGCUAGGUAGCUUACAAUCACAAUGUUAGCGUAAAGUUUGUAGUGCUGUCAUCCUAAUGUUUGCUUAUGUUUUCAUAUUCUGUGUGGUGGUAUUUUUCUAUGCCCAGUCAUUCACUCCAGCACUGCCACUUGACAUUCCUGACCUGCUUGCACCUCAUGAAAAGCGCUUGCAUUCCAGAAUAGUUUUCACCACGUGUGUAUGAGCACGUGCUAGUUUCCUCGUAUUCCAAACAUUUGGCCCGAAUCUGUGGAGCAGGAUGAUAACGCCAACUGUCUGAGAACUUGUGGCAAACAAUAUUAGCGCAUUCUACCAGCAUACAGUACUGUGGAAAUUGAAAGAUGAUGCAAUGGGCAGGUGAAGGGAAGGAGCACACACAGAAGAACCAAUGUGUAUGAAGAAAACGUGACAAACCAGCGCUUACAGGGGAACAAAACGACCUGACAGAGUGCUAUAUUUUUAAUAAGUGCUGGUAAAGGAAGAACACAAGAAACGCUUGCUCGCCCACUCCACCAUAGCUCCCAUUGACUUGUUUUUGCUCUAGCAUUGAAACGAUAGAUUGAGUGCUGCUAGACAAACAUCCCCAUUGCAUCUGGUGGAGGUGCUGGGUUUCUCUUCCACAUCCUGGAACUCCGCAGUCGGACGCUACCACCUGCUCCUGCGAUGACUGAUCCCGGACCGUCCCAGG